CAAUGAUGAAGUUCGCGAAUUUGUUUGCGAAUUUAAAUGCCACUGAUUACUUCGAACGCUUAUCUUUAUUACGAUAUCGAAUUCGAUGGUUUACAUAAUUCGAUACCAGUCUGGAUCAGGGAGCGUUAUAAUUAGCACCAUUGUCUCAUUUUUCAUGGAUUUAAUACUUAUCAAAAUGCAGAGAUCAAUUAGCAUUUGGCAAUUUUGCAUAUUUUUUGCAAUUCUGGCAUCCCUAGGGGAAAGUCAUCGGCUGGAGGGACGAGUUUCGGAAGAAGAGAGAGAAAAAUUGAUGCAUCCCAGACACGAUUACAGCAAAUUUAGGGAGACGAAGCAAGACCCACUGCCGAUUGAAGACGUCAACUACUGGAAGUCCGAUGCUCAAGACAGACUACAGAAAAAAUUGCUGGCCAAACCGAUUGAGGGUAUUGCUAAAAAUGUGAUAUUCAAUUUGGGCGAUGGAAUGUCAGUUCCCACGGUCACGGCGGCACGGAUUUUUAAAGGUCAAAAGGUCGAUGACAAGCCCUCAUUCGGAGAGGAGUCAGAGUUGCAUAUGGACUCGUUUCCAUUCACGGGAGCGUCCAAGACGUACUGUGUUGACGGACAAGUCGCAGACAGCGCGUGCAGUGCGACGGCAUAUUUGAGUGGGGUAAAAGCGAACGAUGGGACGAUUGGGGUGACCUCCAACGUACUCCGAAGGAACUGCCAAGCUCAAGCGAAUUCAACGAACCAUGUCCACUCAGCCUUGGCGUGGGCACAGGCCGCGGGAAAAUCUACCGGCGUCGUAACAACUACCCGCGUAACGCACGCAUCUCCUGCCGGUUGUUACGCCCACAUUGCUGACCGCGACUGGGAAAAUGACGGUAAAGUUGAGGAAGACUUACAAGAUCCCAAAGUAUGCCCGGAUAUCGCCACGCAACUCAUUAUGAGUGACCCCGGGAGAAAAAUCAACGUCAUUUUGGGCGGUGGAAGGUCUCACUUCACCCCAACCACGACUCGAGACCCAGAAUUCGAAACUGUUUUUGGCUAUCGGAAUGACAACGUUAAUCUAAUCGAGGAGUGGGUUGCUUCGAAAAACGACAGCAAAGCUAGUUACGUUUGGGGGCGGGACCAACUUUUAAGUUUGGACGACGAUACGGAAUUCGUGCUGGGUUUGUUUAACCCCUCGCACGUGGCGUAUUACGACUUGCAAGCGGAGCAGAAUGAUCCUUCCUUGGAAGAAAUGGUGGAAGCGGCGAUUAAAAUCUUGAGCAAGAAUCCGAACGGAUUUUUCCUUUUUGUGGAAGGUGGCCGAAUUGAUCACGCCCAUCACGACAAUAUGAUUCAUCGCUCGCUUAGGGAGACGGUCGAGUUCGACAAAGCAAUCAAAAAAGGGGACGAUCUGACCAAUGAUUCCGACACGUUGAUUGUCGUGACAUCUGAUCACGCACACGUCAUGUAUUUUGCCGGCUAUCCUGAAAGAGGAAACGACAUCCUUCGGUACAGUGACGAAAUGGCGUACGACGGAUUGCCCUACGCCACACUGGGAUAUGGUAACGGGCCUGGGCAAUCGUGGCUCGAUGAGACCGGGACACGUCGUAACAUUACGAACGACAAUGUUGAAAAUCCCGGAUAUCAAACACCCGCGCCUGUUCCGAACGGGUCUGAAACGCAUGGUGGAGAUGAUGUCCUAAUUUUUGCCAAGGGUCCAUUUGCCCACUUAUUGACCGGUGUCCACCAACAGAGCUACAUUCCGCACGUGGUCGGAUUCGCUGCUUGCAUGGGUGACGGGAUCAAAUCGGAUUACUGCACCGGAAAGAGUUCCGCGGAGCGAAAUAUGUCCGGAUUUUUUAGUCUUAUCGUCAUCCUAACUCUCCUCUUUAAUAAAUUGUACUAAUUUAUUUACUAAAAGGUUAAUAAAACAAACGACAAAAAUAAAGCCAUAUUUUGUUUGUGAUUAUAA